AAGUAUCGAGUAUAUACUUUUUAUUUAUUCGUAUCAUUUCACCUCUACUUUUAGUGUGUGAUUUGUCAAAUUUCGUUUCGUCCCUAGUUUAAACUUUACUUAUUCUAAAAAUCUUUUAUCGGUGUGUAUUUUAACAUAGUUGUGAACUGAACUCAAUCAUAAUACAUUGCUAAAGAUACCUAUUCAAAUAAAAUUUUUAUUUUAAUCUGGUAUUUUGUUACGUAACCAUUUUUAAUAGAAGUUACGAUGACAAAUUCUCCUACCACUGUGAGUGCUGCCAAGCCCGUAUUGCGUGGUUUGCAUAACGCUACCAUCAAGAAGAACCUUACCAUUGCUCUCGCGCUGACCGCGGUGGUAACAGUCGGUUGGAGUUUUCUAAUCAACCGACCCAAGAAAGAGGCUUAUGCAGAAUUCUACAAGAACUAUGAUGCUCAGAAAUCUUUUGAACGCAUGAAGGCUAACGGUCGUUUCCAAGGAUGUUGAGUAACCAAAAGUUGAAUAGGGGGAAAGUGUUUAAAAAUAAUAUAAAAUAUACACCUCUCAAAACUUAA